AUGGAGAUGACCGAGGAAGCGGUGAACAAUGAGAGGCUGCAGGCUGCGGCGCGUUUUAAAGCUUUCAUGAUAAAGAACAGCACAAAAACAAACCUCAACCUCUAUGACCACCUCGUGCGACUGUUAACCAAAGUUAUGGAUGAGCGUCCAGAGAACGCAGUCGAUGUGAUAGAGGACAUGAGUCGCGAGCUGAAAGGAAGCAUCCUUCCGGAGAAGCAGGACACCUUGCGUGACAGUCCGUCCUCCUCCGCAGCUCUGUUACUGGCCGAGCAACAGAAGGCGCUCUUUACGCGCGCGGCUGGUGAUGAAGGUGAUCACGAGGAAGAUUUGGUGGAGUCUCCUUUACCGAAUGUUGCAGAACUUGCGUUCUUCUUUGAGCAAGCUGGUGUGGAUCUGGGGAGAGAGGAGAUGCAGAGAGUCUUUCUGGCUUUGAAACAGCUGGUGGACGCACAGUGUCUCCUGCGCUGUCGAUUCUGGGGCAAGAUCCUCGGCACACAGGGCAACUACCUGGUGGCUGAGGGGGAAUUCAGAGAAGGUGAAGGAGAAGAGGAGGAGGGGACAGAACAGACACAUGAGGAUGAGGAGAGGGAGGAAGAGGACAAGGAUGAAACGGAGCUUGUGGAAGCUGCUGAUCCGACUCCCAAAUCAACAUACAAGCCACCUCCGCCAGUGCCAAAGGAAGAAAAUCACACCGGUGUCAACAAAUACACUUAUUUUGUGUGUCAAGAGCCCGGCAUGCCAUGGGUCAGACUGCCAAUGGUCACCCCCACUCAGAUUACAGUAGCCCGGCAGAUCCGCAGGUUCUUCACAGGCAGGCUUGAUGCUCCUGUUAUAAGUUAUCCUCCCUUUCCUGGCAAUGAGACCAACUACCUGCGUGCCCAGAUCGCACGGAUCUCAGCGGGCACGCACGUCAGCCCUCUGGGAUUCUAUCAGUUUGGGGAGGAUGAAGGCGAGGAUGAUGGACUGCGAGACAGCUAUGAGGAGAAUCCUAACUUUGAGGGCAUCCAUGUAAAUGAGAUGGCUGAGUCUCUAAAUCUAUGGGUCCAUCAUAUACAGCAUAUACUUACACAGGGCCGCUGUGUGUGGGUAAAUGUAACUAAGAAGUCUGCGGAUGAUGUGGAUGAAGAUGCCGAGGAGGAAGAGAGGGAGGAGGAACCUGAUGAGCUGGAGCCGGAAGUCGGGCCUCCUCUUCUGACACCUGUGUCCGAGGAUGCGAAGAUGAAUGACACCCCACCUUGGAGCUCAAUGAUCUCCACUAAUCUCAUUCCUCAGUUUUCCACCGCUGUGCUGCGCUCCAACCUCUGGCCUGGAUCUUAUGCUUAUGCUAGUGGCAGGAAGUUUGGAAACAUAUACAUUGGUUGGGGGAUGAAAUAUAUUGGAGAGGCAUACACCCCAACCAUUCUCCCACCACCCCAAAAUGAGUACCCCAGUGGGCCUGAAAUCACAGAGGCCCUGGACCCCAGUGUGGAGGAAGAGCAGGCUUUGAAAGCUGCCCUGGAGGAGCAGACGGCAGCCCUGGAUGAGACAGAGGAUCUGGAAGAUGAGGAGGAGGAUGAUUGA